AUGGUGAAAGUGCUUACCGUCCUUGCUGCCGCUGCACUCGUAUCGUGUACCCUUUCCAGCUCGGUAUCCGCGCACGAGCACCCUGCUGGCCGAGCCCUUUCGACCUCCGAACGCAAGCUUUUCACCGAGAAUGCCCAGGCCGCAUUGGCUAAAUGCUCCAAGCUCGAAUCAACGCGAGUGCUUCAGGAACGUGCCGUGGCGCGACGUACCGAAGUCGUCGAGAAGCUUCGUCAAGAUCGGCGUCAACGGCGUCUUGAUGUCACCACAGUCCUGGAAACGAGUCACAAGUCCAGUCUUCUUGGUAUCACAACUACUACGUCCGCUAGUGUCCUCUUCGGCUCCACCCCUCCUUGUGUCGCAGAGCCUGAAGUUACUGAAGGACCAUACUACGUCAAAGGCGAGUACAUCCGUACGGACAUGCGUGAACAACAGACUGGCGUCACUAUGUACGUCGACGUUCAGGUGAUUGAUAUCAACACAUGUGACCCGGUAAAGGACAUGUACAUCGAUCUAUGGCACACGAACGCCACUGGGGUGUACUCCGGAGUCGUGGCAAGUACCAAUGGCAACAACGCUGAUAAAACCAACCUCCAGAACACGUUUCUACGUGGUGUCACUCCCACAGACAAAGAUGGUGUCGCUCAAAUGACCUCCAUCUUCCCUGGGCACUACGCUGGUCGUACCACCCACGUUCACUUCAUUGGCAACUAUGGUGGGUCCGUUCUCUCAAACAAGACUUACUCUGGAGGCUCUGUUGCCCACGUGGGUCAGUUUUUCUUCGACCAAGACCUCAUUUCAUCGGUGGAGGCAGUGGAGCCGUACUCGACCAACAAACAGAGUACGACACUCAACUCAAGAGACAACAUCUUCAAGGAAGCUAGUGGGAACGGCUACGAUCCCAUUUUUCAAUAUGCUCUGGUUGGAGAUACGGUGGAAGAUGGAGUGUUUGUGUGGAUCUCGGUGGCAGUGGAUAUGACGGCUGAACGAGAUGUUACAGCGGUAUCAACAAUGACAGGGAGCUUGGCUACUGCUACAAAAGGUGACACGAGCACAGCACCUAGACUGACCAAGUAUGGUGGGUUUGCUAUUGUACUGACUGCCCUCACGCCGAUGAUCGUCGCAUUCCUUUAG